CACAGACCUCAGCCGUGCAUGGACAUCUCCAAGCGUGCAGCUCAGCACAGUUUCAGCAACGAAACAUAAGCAGCUCUGCGAGGAUGGCUUACUUUGACAGCGGCUGCCACUGCAGCAGCGAGCGGCGGCAGAACAGCAUCUUAUACAGCAUCUUAAAGAACGACAGUCAGUCUGCGCAACUUGGGAACCAGCCGCGCGCCCCGAGGCUAGCCGUGUCCAUGCGCGCCUGUGCCUGCGGCUCCAAGAGGAAAGUGUCCCUCCGUUCUCCUCAAACCACAUGCAAAGCCGCCUCCGCCGUCCUGGUCAAGACCCUGAAGUUCGUGAAGAACGUCCCGUGCUUCCGCGAACUGCCAGCGGAUGAUCAGCACACGCUGGUGCGAAGCGGCUGGGCACCGCUGCUGGUGCUCGGUAUGGCGCAGGACAGGAUCGACUUCGAGACUUCGGAGACGCAGGAGCCCAGCAUGCUGCAGCGGAUUUUAACGAGCGGACAGGACAAGCAGGACAACCAGAGCCAUAACGGCGGAGUGGCGUUGACCGACGUGCAGGGUAUUAAAAUGUUUCUGAGGAAAUGCUGGGGACUGGACAUAAGCACUAAGGAGUACGCGUACUUGAAAGGGGCCAUUCUGUUCAACCCAGAUGUUGCUGGGCUGCAGUGUCAACAUUACAUCCAGGCCCUGCAGAGCGAGGCGAACCAGGCACUUAAUGAAUAUGUCAAAAUGAUUCACCGCGGGGACAGUGCGAGAUUCGCCAAACUCUUCCUCGCUCUCUCCAUGCUGAGAUCCAUCAACGCCAAUGUAGUGGCUGGGCUCUUCUUCAAACCCGUCAUUGGCGCGGUCAACAUGGAGGAACUUCUUCUGGAGAUGUUUUAUGGAAAAUAAACUUUGAAAAAAACUGGGAGAGAAUUAUCAGACUUGGAAAGAGCGACAGUCACUGUUGGAGGGACAGAUUUUGAAAAUGACUGAUUCCUUUUUACACAUGCUAUUUUUGUACAAUAUAUAAGAGCUCUCCUUUUUGCCUUCUGAGUUGAACUCAUCACUGAAUCCAAAGUUGAUGACAAUAUUUUUCCCAUUUGGGGAAAGAGCUUUAUAACUUUGUUCUGAUUGUUUUUUGUUUACUUGCUUAUUAUCUGUAAUGUCUUGUUGCAUUUUGAAGAAUGUUUAUUUGAUUCUGGGAGACACUUUAUAAUAACUUUCUUAAGGAAAUCAUUUACAAACAUUCAUUUAAAUAUGUGCUCCGUUUAAGAAAUACAUUGAAAUGUAAUUAUAUUUGAUGUAAAUAUAUUACAUUUAAUAAUAGCCUAAUAUAUGAUCUUAUGUUUCCUGAUAUUAUUUGUUAUCUCAUGAACUGUUUUGCAUUAUUAAAUGUAAUGAUUUUGUUGUUGUAAAUGAAAGUUAUUAUAAAGUGUAAGCUAUUUUUGAAAAUUUGAAA